AUGAUAUCAAACUACUUCCCUCAUUGCCUUCUCACCAGUUCAGCAGUCACAGAAUCAUUCGGUCACCCACUUGCAAUUCUAGCAUCAUCCUUUUUACUCAGAGAGUACAUCCGUCGAGAAGAUGCAAUAGAAGGUGUAUCAAUGACACAGAAGAUGUCCCCUUCACUAAUCCAACAAGUGUCUUCUUCGUUUGGCCAGGAUGACUUUUUAACUAAUGAUGGUGGCACUGGUACAGCAAACACGGAAAAAUUAGAUGAUUAUAGAAAAAGAGUAUCAAGAAUAAAUCCACCAUGGAAACAAGAUUUAACAGAGAAAAAGAAAUCUGGCCCAGUGUCUCCAAGGAAUGUAAAAACAUCAUCUUCUGCAGUGGCACACUCACAGAUUCCACUGAGUGUAGCAAGUGCUUUAAGACGACGUCACACAAACCCUGGAGCAGAAUCUCCAUUCAAACAGCAAGUUGUCAACCAGCCUGCUCCAACUGGCAUACCUCGAAAACGCAUAUCACCGUCAAACUCAUUCCGACAACAAGUGGGAGCCGUACAAAGUAGUCACCCAAGUCGACGCAGCCAGACCACAAAUGAUGACAGCGACUUGACAAAGAAACGCAUCGAACGGGUUCAGCGUGCACGACUUUACUUGCUACAGCAAACUGGGCCAAAUUCUUUCCUGAUCGGAGGUGAUUCUCCCGAUCACAAGUUCAGGGUUAUUAUUGGUCCACAGACAUGCAGCUGUGGUCGCUUCCCAUUCUGUGUUCAUAUUCUGUUUGUGAUGUUACGAGUCUUCCAAGUGAGCGAGUUGGACCCCCGUUUGUGGAACAAGACUCUAAAGAAUUACGAGGUUGAAAGUCUUUUCCGUAUUUACCAUGACAAACGGUCUUCCCGAAUACACAGUCGUAAACAAGAGAAGAGUGUGAAAGCGAAACCUAUUGUUGAAGAAAAUCAUGUCAGCGAUUCCAGCGAGAACACGAGUCUGCCAUCUGAGAGUGAAACUGGGAGCACAAGAGAGGAGGACGACACAUGUCCGAUCUGUCUUCUUGAGAUGCUGGAAGGAGAGAGUUUAAUCAAGUGUGAAAACGGCUGCCAGAACCGGCUUCAUCACCACUGUAUUGCAAUCUGGUUUGAAGAAUGUCGGCGACAGAAUGACCCACUCAACUGUCCUCUGUGUCGUACCCGUUGGAAAUCAACCACUGUCGAAAUCAAAAGUUGCCAGAAUGAUAACGAAGACACUCCAGAGGUUCCGCCAAACACCCGUGCCCCCUCCCCCCAGGGCAUACAAGUCGCUGAGGGUCGACUUCCACAUGCAGAGUCUAUCCCACAAGAGAACCAAGCAGUUGCCGAGCCCUGGAUUGAGGUUUUAGGUGAAGACCUUGUGUGCUGUUUGUUUUCCCGAAACUGGUCAAUCCGAGAGAUGGGCGUAAAACACCUAAGUAAGGAGGUGGUCGGCACAUUGCUGCGGGGGAUGGGCGAGGGGCGGUCAGGGGUGAUCGUGUCGCCGACGCGCCAGGCUGCGACGAGACAGAUGCUGGACACGUGUUCCACCGUGCUUGCCUUCAUGUGUGCUGACCCCGUGUACAGAGUGUUUGUGGCCAGUCUUAGAGCGCUAAGACAGAUGUUGGCUUACACUCCAUGUCGAGAUAAACAGCAGCAAAAUCGGCUUCAGACAAGGAUUAAACCCAUCGUAGACGCAAUAAUACUCAAGUGUACUGAUGGAAACAAGAGGACCAGUCAGCUGUCUCUGUCCACUCUCGUAGAACUUGCUAAAGGCCAAGAUGGAGAACUCGCUGUCGGCAAAGAAAUCGUCAAUCCAGGAUCAGCUGGAUUGGAUGGACUGUAUUAUGUGCUCAAGUGUGUGACAGAACAGUACAACGUUGACCAAGUUCAGUGGCAAUGGUUACUAGGGAGACUUUAUGUCAUAGACCGGUUUCUAGAAGAAUUUCCUUCCGAUUUUCUACCCCAGGAAGAGGAGCAUUCAGGUGCAGCAGCUGCCGAGAAUGGUGUCCCUGACGCUGCUGGGGCAGCCGCGCCGUGUGAGAACGGUGUUGACGAAGACUCUCACAAUUACCACCGUCUGUUGGCCGUCGCACACUUCUCGGUGAAGGCCGUCUGCAAUGCUCACACAAGAAUCGCUCGAAUGGCCCGAAGAGUUUUCCUUCUUUCUGCAAAGCUUGGUGCUCAUCUUGAAGGUAUAGUUAAAGAGAUGGAGGAUCUCCUGUCAACAAUAGAUUCCGCGUCGGUGAUCUCCGUCAAAAGAAAACUGGCAAGGAUUGUAAGUGAUUUUCACAUAUCGGAAAAAAUCGUCCAGGAAUUGCAGCACGGUACUGGAAAAUCGCGUCGUCAUGUUCACCGAGUGUCGUCUCCUUUCGAUACACCAAAAGAUUCUCCUGUCUCAACACCACGUUGCACUUCUCCCGUGACCGUGUUGUCGGAGGACGCACCCAGUGAUGUGUGUAGCUCUCAGGGAGGGAAGGGCAUUCCCUGCUGCCCUCCCAACACUCCGAUACACAGAAAACGGAAGAAAAACAGACGUUCGAUUCCUCGAAGAAUCUCGAAAGAAAAAAAUUUAUCAACUCCUCCUACCUCACCGGGAAAGAUAGAAGAAAAUGGUUUCCAAAACGACGGCGAAGAAGAAGAAGAAAACACUGUAGAUGAUUCCAUGUCGGUAAACAUCGGCUCCUCCCUUCCAUUUAUUCCUUUAAAUUUGGAUCCUGAGAUUCAGCCGGAAAGAAUUUCAGAAAUGUUGAACAAUGUGAGUCUGUGCGAACCAGCAGCAGUGGAGGCUGGUAAAACUCAGGAACCAGAAGACCACUUUUUGAUUGUCGAUCAGGAAAACCCCGGUUCACCAGAUGGCGAGAGUUGUUCCCCGGCCACCGCGAGUCAUUCACCGGCCACCGCCUGUUGCUGUUUGGACAAGUCUCAGUGUGAUGACACGUCCAUACAUUCGGGGACCGCAGCAGCUCCCAACACGCCCGAACACGCCCAGUGUUUCCACACGGCCGACCAGGAGACGAUGAGCAGUGAUGAUCUCCUGGAUCUGAACAGCGUCACCUCUCCACUUCAGGCCUGCGAACAGGCCGUGUCUUUCAGGUCGGAGGUCACACAGUCGCCAAAGAUUUCACCUAGUCACACUGCAGACCAAGCUGCAAUGCGAGAGCCAGAGGAAUGUCACUGCAAGGAGGAGGUUGAGAUCGAGGAGGCGGUUGCCAUGGCGAAGGCGAUGGAGAUGUCGUACGUGCAGGCUCCCUGUCCUGUGGUUCCAGGUCUGACUCCUACCAGCAAGGAGGAAGUGAUCACCAUCCACAUCCAGCCAGAGGACGACUAUUUGAAUGGCCCAACUGUGGAUCAUCCGUCCAUCUACUACGAGGGGAUUCACUGGCAGAAAGGACCCUUGCUUGGAACUGGGGCUUACAGCACGUGCUAUCAAGCGAGAGAUGUGGCAACUGGAGUUCUUAUGGCUGUCAAGCAGAUUUCAUUUUGUCGAAACUCGCCAUCUGAACAAGAAAGCGUGAUAGAUGCGAUCAAAGAAGAGGUGCAGAUGAUGUCACGGUUGAACCAUCCGAAUAUUGUCCGGAUUUUCGGUGCCACAAAGCAGGGUUGUCACUUCAAUAUGUUUGUAGAGUGGAUGCCAGGUGGCUCUUUGACGUACUUGCUGGGUCGCUAUGGAGCUUUCUCUGAAUAUGUCAUCACUAAUUACACUCGCCAGAUACUCAGGGGUCUUGCUUAUCUCCAUGACAACCAGCUGUUACACAGAGAUCUCAAAGGAGCUAACCUCCUGGUGGACGGCUCUGGCCAACAUUUACGGAUAUGUGACUUCGGGGCAGCCGCGCGGUUAGCAUCACAAGCAACCGGUGCCGGUGAAUUUCAGGGACAGCUGCUGGGAACAAUUGCCUUCAUGGCUCCAGAGGUUUUAAGGGGAGAGAACUACGGUCGCGCCUGUGAUGUGUGGAGUGUGGGAUGCUGUAUGAUAGAGAUGAAAACAACCAAACCUCCAUGGAAUGCUCAGUAUCUCUCAAACCACUUAGCACUCAUUUUCAAGAUUGCAUCAUCAGUUGAGCCGCCACCAAUUCCCGACAACCUGUCUCCAGCCUUAAAAGACUUGAUGUUACGUUGCCUGGAACACGAAUCCGAGUUCCGGCCCACAGCUAAAGAACUUCUCAUGCAUCCUCUGUUUACCCAGUGUCAGAGCAGAUAGCCACAGUGCCUUCAGACGAAUCAUUCACACUGGUGCUGCAGAGUAUAUAUAUAUAUAUUUUUUGGAAACGUUUACAGCAAAUCUCAAUGUCAUAAAAUAGUUGUCCUUGCAGGCAUCAAAAUAAGUUGAGAAUGGUCGUUCAGGUUACCAGGUUACCACAGAGUUGAAAAUAGUACUAAAUGUACCGACAACAUCUAAGGAAACGUAAACCACAUAGACUUUGGUCUCUUCUUUUUUUUCUUCUCUUUUUCCCCACCCCCCUAAGUAUAAGAUGAAUAAGUAUCAAUACAGUGGUAACUGUGAUAUGAAUAAGAGUAUUUGUGUUUGUGAAGGACAUUGAUAGUAAAAGUAAUGGGAUUUGUAAAUGAUGAAUUUGUUAUAAGCCAAAGGUUCCCAGGUUUGAAUUUUGUAGUAAGUGGUACAUGUCUGAAUUACCAGACACUAUUUAUUUUGAUGCCUGUUUUUGGUAAGGAGUUAAACAUAAUUUCCAGUAUUAAUUGCAACUUGGUAUUAUUGUUUUAAUAUUAGAAUAUAGAUAUAUAUAUUAAAAUGAUGCAUAAUAUAUCAGAUUGUUCCAAAGAUGUAUUAAUUAAUAAAUUGCAAUAUCUGUUGUACAAAAUAUUAUCUUAUUUGCUAUGAUCUUGAUUACA